AUGACAAGCCAUCGAGGACAUAAGCUCGACGUGAGCUUAGAGGCUCUGGCCGACCUUCAAGUUCCAGGCGACAUUUCCAUCUCACCGGACGGCACUCGGCUUGUCUAUUCGCUGCAGGCCUACAGCAAGAAAGGUGAACACGCCACAUCUUCCAUCUGGAUCGCUCAGAUCGGCGUGGAGAACAGCAGUCGCCAACUCACGUCGGGUCUUUUUCAUGAUGAGCAGCCCCACUGGUCCCCGGCAGGAGGAAUCAUUGCCUUCAAGUCAGACCGACAUCGACCCGGGCAAUCCUCCGCCAUCUACCUGUUGUCUAUCGACGGCGGUGGUGAAGCAUACGCUGUGACACCAGCGGAAGCAGAGAAGCCCAUCGUGGCUUUCCAAUGGAAUGCUACCGGUACGGAAAUUGCGUUCACCAGCGCUGAUGAAAAAACCGACGAACAAGCCGCGAGGGAGAAAGCAAAGGACGACCCUACAGUCUGGGGUCUGCAUCUCGAAUACCACCGCUUGAGGAUUGUCAAUGUGGCCAGUAGGCAAGUGAAGACUAUCGUCAGUGGACGAAAACACGUACACGAUUUUACCUGGAGCCCAGAUGCACAAGUCAUCUGCUUUGUUGCCCAUGAGGAUCCAGAUAUCAAUUCCCCUUGGCUUCAUGGUGCAACUGUUUCUUUUGUACAGCCAUCUGGGAAAGAGUUGCACAAAACGGCCCACUUUCCUGGAUUAAUCAGUCAGCUCCGGUGGGGACAUGAGGGUGUCUAUUUCAUCGCUGGUCAUGUCCCAGAACAUAUUCUGACUUCACUGUCAUUGUAUAAACUUGACUUGGAAGCGUGUACAUACACAGAGCAUCAAGACGGUGAUGAGCGCCACUGUUGUAUCACGAUUCGCAAUAGUCGUUCUUGCCUGUCGUAUCGUGUUCAGAGAUCCCUGGCAGACGAGUUCUACUUGAUUGACGGCGGCGCCCAUAUGCUUGUAUUCCACGACAAGUGUGAGAUGAUCGCUUUCGACCUCAUCAAGACACCAGACAACGGGACGGUCCUUGCGAUGACCAAGGGCGAUGGCUCCCAUCCCGAAGAAAUCUACUCCAUUUCUGAGCCCGCGGGUUUGGUCAGGCUUUCCGCCCACAACUCCUCCAUCGCCGCUCUGGGAAUAUCAAGGUCGUGGUCAUUUUCAACUCACGCAGCUGAUGAGUACUCGCUUGAUGGAAUGAUGUAUGUCCCUUCGACAUACGAUGUUGCAGAUGGACCAUUGCCCACAAUUCUGAUUCCUCACGGAGGACCGUACUGGCGGAUCACGACCGGCUUUGCUGUGUGCCACUGCCUCGAAGCGCCGGUGCUGGUCUCUCAGGGCUAUGCCGUGCUUUGUCCCAACUAUCGCGGCGGGAGUAGUCGAGGGGAGGAGCAUGCGGCAUACGCUCAUGGAGGGGUUGGAACGGUCGACUACACAGAUUGUAUCGACGUACUUCGCCACGCUAUCGACAAGGGCUGGGUCGACCCGUCCCGAGUGGUAAUCGGCGGAUGGUCACAAGGGGGUUUCUUAUCCUACUUUGCUGCCACGCGCGCGGAUUUUCAAUUCCGAGGAGCCAUAUGUGGAGCAGGAAUCUCGGAAUGGACCUCUAUGGCCAUGAGAAGUGACGCAUUUCGAAUGCAAGCGGAGUUGGUCGGUGGUGCUCCGUGGGAUGUACAGAAGACGAGGUCCGGUGCCACCAGCCCCCAGGGAGAGCCAUGGCAGAAGACCGCGGACAGUCGAAACGCGAGCGCGUUGUGGCACAUGCGUCACGCAAAGACUCCUGUUCUGAUCCUUCAUGGUGAGAAUGACGUUCGGGUACCCGUCGAGCAAGCUAUCGCGUUCUAUCGCGCCUGUCUCCAGAAUGGUGUGCUGGUCGACAUGGUCACGUAUCCGAGAGAAGGUCACUUUAUCAGUGAGAGAAGACAUUUGGUCGACAUGUGGACUCGGAUGAGAGACUUUUGCAAACUCCAUUUGCAGUGA